AGAUCCAGAACUAUCUUCACCAGCACAGUGUACGGACGUUUCAAGCUUUUCCGCUUUGAGAUCUACGACAUUUUAGGAUAGUUAAAAGUUCCUUUGCACUCAAGAAACAAGAAGGACAUGACUAAGAUUGGCUGCUUCCUUGCAGCACUAGCUAGUGCUACUAUUGGCCUCGCUGCGGCGUGGUAUAUCCAACGCAGCGUCUCUGGCAAGCAGGAGGAAACCAGUGCACCUGUUUUCACAAGCACCGAUGUGGACACUGGAUUGUCUGGCCAGCUGGCAAACAUGAUUGUUGGCGGGAAAUUCCCGUCGGAUCAGCCUGAUCUCACGGCUCCUAGGAAGACCGUGCAAGAAAGGGCCAUAGAACUCGCCAAGGAAAGAGUACAGAAUAACCUUGCUGAGGCCAGAGCAGAAGCCCGUCAACUCCUGGGGACCGUAAAGGCACCUUCUCCAUACGUUUUCUUCCUGGGUCUAAACGACUGCAUGGAACAGGAUGAGAUCUUGGACCUUGUGCCAGAGGACAUGCAGGAGGAAAUCCUGCAACAGAACAAGGAGUUCUUCCAAAAGAUGGCCGCGUGCGCCGGCAUGAAUAACUGGUAGAACACCAAGAACGAUUGCACUUAUUACCACAACGGCCCUUCAACUACAAAUGAAGUCAGAAAGCUGCUUAAUACUUUUAGUUCUGAGAAUGAAUUAGGCAAUAAAAAUCCAUUAUAGAUACACAUGAUGCUUCUUGGAAUACCUACCUACAGUCGGUAUUGGUUAGACGGUUCGUUUAAUGUCUCAUGGUACAAAUCAGGAAAUACUAGAUUUUCAACAAGUUAGGAAAUUCUUGGUGACGCAUUCAUCUGGUUUGAUCCUGGCUCGUUCACGGUGAAGGUCGGAAAAAUGUGUUUUUUCAUCGUGUUUUUGCACUUUUCGAAGCGUAUCUUACACAUUCAUGUAUUUCAGUUGGAGUCAUUUUAUUUAGAAACCUCCUUCUUUUCUUCCUUGUACAUAAUGUUUACUGGAAGCGGUAUGCCUUUAUUUCUCUGACUUUUUUUCCAAAUAGAUUGGUUUCCUUCUUGGAGUAUGAAUGCUUAGUUUUUCUGUUGUUCUCUGGCAAAAUGGAAAUUGGUUCUUUUUAGGUUCUUGUUCUGUUGCCCAUUUGGUUUCUUGGCUUGGCUUGACAUUGUUCGUUUGAUGAAACGUUUAUUUGCAUGACUUUAUGAAACUUUUUAUUUUGCGCUCCUCUUAAAUAGUUGCUUAGAUAUAGCUUGCUUAUGGUUGAAUUGUUUCUUAGUUCGACUAUUAUGUUGGUAGUUUUGUCGAGUUUUUAUCUUAGUUUUGUUCGCCUGUUUAUACGGCUUGCUGGUUAGUUGACUGUUGGUUAGUUUGGUAGCCUAAAUAGUCUGUUGUUGGUGGGUUUUAGUCUUUUAUUUCAUGAGACCAGUAUAAUUUGUUGGUUAUUUUAUUGGUUGGCCAUUGGGUUAGUCGGUUGGAUGGCUAGUUUUUUUUAUACUCCAUUGUGGGUUUUAAGGUUAGGUUUUUUUAAGCUUCAACAUACUUUGCAGGCCUGAUCUAUAAAAGUCCCUUUCAGUACAUAGACCAUUAACCGGAACAGUCCCCAGUCUCCGAAUUCCAAUAUGAUUUGCCAUCUACUGUAGUGUUAGGGUUAAUUUCACUUAUCAUUUUUUUAACCCUCGAAAGCAUGUUCAUUCGCCAGGGCCGACCAGUAUGUAAAGCGAUGUAACUGACACAUUGUUGGAAGUUCUACGCUUUCAUCAGAGUUCGGCCUGUCACCGAAUGAUCCCAAUCAUUGCCAAAAUAAUAUGCCGUAGUGUUCCCCCCUUAUUUCUUUCUGUAUAGUGUAUAUUUUCCAGCCGCCUUGCUAGCCACCAACUAACCGAAUUGUCAGCUUGCCAGUACUGUGGUUUUAAUUGGUCUGUUUGUAGAUCAGUCUGCAUGUCUGUCAGUCUUUCGGUUGAUUUGUGUACUUUAUCAUUGUUACCUAGGCACUCUAUCUCUAUAUAUAUCAUUUUUAAUUUUGUUUCGCUUGCCUAUUGAUUCGGUUCUCUAUUUUGUUUUGGUGUAUUUGUUUUGUACAAGUUUGCUCGUUUACUGUUUCUUCGUUUUGGAUAUUCCUGUUUUGUUGCUUCAAACUUUUUACCAAUUUAUUUAUUGUUGCAUAUAAUUUAAUUAUCAUGGCACUUCAGUUUUUCAACGCACUUGCAAAAAAAUGUCAUAGUAUGCUUACAGCUUUUUAUACCCUGUUUUUCUUAAUAUCAUACCGUUACUUGGAUGCAGCAACCAGGACCACGGUUAGAAACAGAACCAGAUGGAGCGUCUUACAUUAAGGAAUCGUGAUAGAAAGAAGCAUAUUUCCAUAAUUCGCUGUGUCACAGAAAGUUUACAAAAAAUUACUUAAGUAGCGGUCUCUCUCCGAUUGUAACUGCCACAGCUUGGAGCAAAAUGCUCUGGAUUUCAGCAUGAUCGAUCCAUGCUGAAUUUGUUAAAGGUGAUGAAAAAUUCCACCUCAAUAGGAAAACUCAACAGGGCCUUUCAUGGGCUGAAAAUAAAGCCCGUUGGAUUUUAUCAGGAUACUUCCGCCCGGCUGGGACCCUACACCGCAGUAGACUCACGCCGGAUACACAAACUCCAUGACUCCCAAGAAAACUCAUUUAUCAUUCAUUAAUGGUUCACAGCUUCUAGAAAUAUGAAAAAAGGUAGAUAAACUGACCGGUACGGAAACAUAAUGUAAGGCAGCUAACGAA